GGGAGGACACGCUACUGCCCUGUGGGGUUGGGGCUCUCACGGGGUCUCCCCAAGUUUGUCUGAUUUGCUGGGAAUCUGUAUCCCAUUGGAACCAGUUCAGCCCCACUGACACUCUUUGGGAAACAGGGGGGAAAGUAGUGGCAAUAUUAAGAUGGAUAUUUUCUAGGUUUUUGCUUGUGUGCCUUUGGGAUUAGAGGAUCUAUAUGCAGAUGGCACAGAGAUCAUAAUAAGGUUAGGCUGUACAUUGGCUGUGCAAGGAAAGGGGUUAAUGUGCUGAAUGGCCUUUGUGCUUUCUUAUGAAUAGGGGGAAAGAUCACAUCUGUGAACUGCUACUAUUUAAGGCCGACAUGUUGGCAAAAGGCACGAAACGAAAAUUUUCUGAAGAACAAACGGAUGCUUGUGAUCCUGUUGACAGCAGUCUUAAUUUACAGUAUAACUUGCAGCGUCAAUCACUGCUAAACAUCUCAUUAUUCAAACUUCAGCUCUGCAAAAUGCUGGUGGAACCAAACCUCUGUCGUUCAGUGCUAAUAGCCAACACCGUGCGACAAAUCCAGGAGGAAAUGAUACAGGACUGCCCCUGGGAGGGACAAAAUGCUUUCAGAGGAAGUGAUCUAUAUAUUGGUCAACCUUCGUCAGAAAGCUUAAUGGGCACAGAUUUCUUAUGUAGUCCAAAGAAAGAGCUACAUGUAGAACCUGCUACCAUCACCAAUAGUGCUAGCACUCUUACUAUAAACAAGCUAAACCUAUCUUGCGAAAACAUUGCUUAUUCUGCCGCUAUUUCUGUUAAGGACACAGAUAUUAUAGAAGAUCCUGUCCAAGUGCAAAAUGAUUUGAACAUGUUGGAAACUGAGGAGCAGCCAGUAGAACCGAAGGAGAGUCCAAAGCCCUCGGAUCAAGUGUUUGGAAGUUUUGAGAUUGCAAACUAUUCUAGUUCUCUUACAGAUAUGACAAUAGAUGACCUGUUUUCAGACAUUGAUACUUCUUGGUAUGAGCUUGACUCGAUGAUGUCUGGAUUGAUGACCAGUCCAAAAACAACACCAGUCAGCACGUAUGAAUUAUUAAAUGGUUUACCGUCGCACUCGUUGGCACCCAUAAAUUCUGCCCAGAACUGUAAAACAGACUUAAAUGAAUUAGAUCACAUAAUGGAGAUUAUUUUUGAAAAUUUGGUGUGGGCCAGUCUUCCUUCUCAACCGAAUAAGGGAACAUUAGGGCUAUGGGGAGGCACUGUGUCAAGACGUAGCAGCGGCGUUUUAAAGCGACCGUACAAUGUGAUUUCAAGCGACAGACACGAGAUUAAUUGCGAGGCGCCGCACUUUAUAUACAUAUAUAUACACAUUAUAUAUAUAUAUCUAUAUAUACAUUCCUCCCGCAGCCGUCCUCCGCCGGUCGAAAAGAAGGAAGUUGCGAAAGUCUCUGGUGUACCGAGAUUCAUGUUGGCUAAAGGCCUGAAGCGCAAACUUGAUUACGAAGAAAACAUGGCUGGUGCCUUUGAUUCCAACCCAGGGCUGCCCUACAAUUUGCAGAGACAGUUAGUACUCAAUAUGUGCCUCAUUAAAUUGCAGAGCUGCAGGAUGCUUGUGGAACCGAACUUGCAUCGCUCUGUUCUCAUAGCAAAUACAGUGAGGCAAAUCCAAGAGGAUAUGAGGCAAGAGAGCGGUCAGCAAGCACUGAGCGUGUGCGGUGUGGAGACUUAUACCAGCACUCAAACCGGCAUUGAAUUUCUUGGAACGUCUUCACCCGUGCUCCAUAAUCCUUCAGGUGCGGACAACACUUCAGAUUCUAUGGAAAAUCCGAAUGAGAAUUCUUUGGGGGUGUUUUCAGAUGACGACAUGUCGUCAGCCAUUUCUUCCAUCCUCAAAGACUUGGACUUCAUGGAGGACACGAGUCCAUCGCCUUGUCCAGCACCUGCAGAGGAUGAUGUGAGUGUAGAAUGUGCGGGAGCCCCUUCAGAAGACAGGCUACAGGGAAGUAAACCUGCAGACUCUGUUUUUGGUUCGUUUGAAAUCACAAAUUCGACGAGUUACUUGACGGAUCUCGCUUUUGAUGAUAUAUUUGAAGAUAUUGACACGUCCAUGUAUGACACUGACUUGUGCUUGCUUCCUGCCACUCCUGCCAGAUCGCUAUCGGGCACUGUGGAUGAUGUUCCAAAACCCUUUCAUUUAUGCAACUCAUCAUCGGUGAACUCCAUUCAAAUCUGCAGAGUGGAUUUCAGUGACUUGGAUCAUAUCAUGGAAAUUCUUGUAGGAUCUUAAUCCUUCAAUGGGUGCUUUAGAGUUUUGGAUGCUUGUCUUCCUAAUCACUUAGAAACCUAAGGUGUAGCGACAGCAAUAGCCACCACCAUAGCAGGAUGUGAGUUGAACUUUUUAAAUCUUUUGAGGAGUUUAAUCAAUGAGAUUUCCAACUGACUUUUAAACUCGCUUUCAAAAGGCUACACUGCCACAAAAACAAUACCAGGCAGUUAGCUUGCAACCCUGGAAUCUGACCAUAACCACUUGGAUGAUUUAUAUGAGAUAAUGUCAUCUUGAUGAAACUACAGCACUGGUGCAAAAUGCUGGGUGGUUCUCAUUUUAUUGACAAAGCCUAUGAUAUGGUAGCACUAAACAAUUUUUAAACUGUUUGUGUUCGUGGACAUAUUUAUAUCGCUUUUCGGAUCUGAAUCAUGGAAGAACUAGUUUUCCAAAGGACCUAUUGAUGAACACUUGUUCUACAGACUGACUGUGGCAUAGUGUGUGUGCGUGUGUGUGCACGUGUGCUUUAUUUCCUCGCAGAAGACUUUUAUAUGGUAAUCUUUUUACCAACAAUGGCACCUUUAUCAGAAAAGGUUACAAGAACAUUUUAUAUGACACCUAAACUAUUUAUUUUUUUAGAAUUUUAUACUCUAAAUUUCUACGUGUUUGCUGUUUUGUCUUGUAUGUUAAGUCUUUGCUCCAGUCUGACAGGCUUUGCUGUUGGAUGUGGCUUACACUACCUCUCCAAGCGCUAACAUCAAGUGUUGGUUUAUUAUAUGCGUGCUGUACAUAAGAGGUUGCAGCUUCUGGUUUUUAAUUUUUUCUAAAAAUAUUAAAUCUUCUGUCAGCCGGGGAAAAAA